AAUAAUAUAGAUCAAGAUAACGAUAUAAAUAAUAAUGCUGAAAACGGAGAAUAUUACGACAACUAUAACAAUUUCGAACCAAUUUGGGUUAGAGCGUUAUACGAUUAUGAUGCCGCACAAGACUCUGAAAUUAGUUUUAAAGAGAACGAUGUUAUUUGCAUUACACAAGACUAUGGAGAUGGAUGGUGGGAAGGUGAUUUAAAUGGCAGUGCAGGAAGAGUACCAGCAAACUAUUUCGAAUACAUUACCCAAGAUCAAGAUGGUCAAUAUCAAUAUGGUGACCAAGGUUAUGACCAAAGUGGCUAUUACCAAGAUGAUCAACAGCAACAAUAUGAUGAACAAACCUAUUAUGACCAACAACAAUACGACGACCAAGGUGGCUAUUAUGAACAUCAACAACAAGAAUGUGGCUAUGAUGAAACAGGCUCUCCAAUUGAUGAAGAAAAAGAAAACCAAAGAAAAGAAUUAUUAAAACAAAAAAGAGAAGCCUAUAAGAAAGAAAUGAAAGAAUUACAAGACAAUUUUAAGAGUCAAAGUGAAUCAAAUGAAAAACUUAGUAGUGAGGUAGAGGGAUUAGAAAAUCAAAGAGACCAAUUGGAAGAUAGAAUUAGAUUACUCAAACUAUUAAGAUAUAUACAUUUAGAGAUUAUAAAAACAGAAAUUGAUAUUGAUUUAGACUCUGAUUCAUCAACACAAUCACGUAACACCGGUAUUGUUAUCACCCAAGAUCUCAAAUCUAUCAGAUUAAUAUUAGCCUCGCUCAAAUCAUCAACUGCCGAUAUUCCAAAGAAACAAUUUGAUGCCAAAUUAGAAGAGCUCGAGAAAAAAGUUACAAAUAAUUUAAUUCUAUUGGAUGUUUGUGACAAUUUAAAGAAAUCACUAUACCUCAGUUUACAAGUUUUUCAAAGUGCUAUAAUACAACAACAACAAUCUAAUGAAAGCAGACUCCCACCUCCUCCUUUAAUAGUACCACCACCAAUUUCAUCCUCAUCACAACCUGGUGGUUUUGUACCAACUACUUCAAAUGCUCCAAAUCCAUUUUACUCCCCAGCUACUUUAAUCGCCCCAUCUUCAGACAAAGAUAAAAGAAAGUCAAUGAAAGAGGCUAAAAAAUUAGAAAAAUUAGAAAAGAAAGAAGAAAAGAAAUUAGAAAAGCUUGAAAAGAAAGAAAAGAAAAAAGAAGAAGAA